AGGGAGGCAGGCACACCCCCUCUCUUCCCAGGCAGAGAGAACAUGUUGCGGAUUGCUGCUUUAAAUUUCAAGAGAGUGGAUCCCAACCAGUGGAGGACAAAGCAGGAAGGAUUCCAUGGAUGAAGGUCCUUAGGGGGAAAAAUAGUUGGGGAGAAUUGGGAAACCUGAAAAACGAAAUAAUUAAAACCUAAACCCAAUCAAUUCCAAAGAGAAAUGAAACAGGAGACCUUCCCAAUGAGGCCACCAUGGUUGCACCAAAAGCUUCCCAAUGAGGCCACCAUGGUUGCACCAAAAGGACUGAGAAAAGGGACAAGUUUAACCAAUGGAAAGGGGCACAUAGAGAAAGCAGAACAUCAGCAAAUAACUUGAGUCUGCACAGAUGGAGUCAGGAAGGCAAAAGGUCAGCAUGAGCGAUGAACAAGAAAGAAGGUUCUCUGGGCAUGUGUGGAACAACGGAGCCGAUGGUCAACCGGUCCCCAGGCUGUGGACUCUGCUAGGCUGUGGAAGGAAGCAGCGAGUGUGACCUUAGGAGCAUCUUCUGAAGUCUUGGACAGUGCUGGGGCUCCACAGGAAACGCCAGAAGAAUUGUAUUGUAGAAGACACGUGGACCACAAGGACUGGAGAAACUCGAGAGGAAGAAGAGGCACAUGGUGAUGACGGAGGAUUCCUUGCUAAAAGGACCCAAGGAGGCUGUGCGCAGUCCUUGUUUGAUGUCAUGGGAAAUGUAGCCUUCCAGGGGCCCAUACAGACCAUGUAUCACACUGAGCUUACCUAAACUCACUUGCAAGGUUCCUUCUGGUCAUCUCCAGGCAAAUGACCCAUCCAGAAGAACAGUUCCAAGCACCUCUGGAGACUGAAUUGGUAGUCAAAAGCUCAGAUGCCUCAGCUUAGCACACUGUGUAAGAAACACACAGGGAAGACUGGAGGUCCUACUCCAAGGGCUAAAGAGGAAGGAAGGUUGGCAUCCCUGACAUUUCAUUGCCACAAAGGCUACAAUUAAUUCCAGGAUGAAUGAGAUGGGUAUGUUGCACUUUACAUACAGAAAAACAUGCACACUCGCCCAAAAAUUCAGGAAUGGACCGUCCAAACCCUGUUUAAAAUAUUUUGGGGCUCGUUUUAUGGCAGAUUGAGACACUUCCUGGACAUCAUUGACCCCCGCACACUCUUCGUCACAAAGAGUCGCCUCAAGGAAGCCAUGCAGUUGCUGGAAGACUACAAACUCGGCUCGCUGCCCCCGGGAACCACCAACAAAGAGCUUUGGAGAGCACAGAAAAUAAAACAGGCCAUCAUCCACCCGGACACGAACGAGACCAUUUUCAUGCCUUUCCGAAUGUCAGGUUACAUUCCUUUUGGCACGCCUAUUGUUGUGGGUCUUCUGCUGCCAAACCAGACCCUGGCCUCCACCAUCUUCUGGCAGUGGUUGAACCAGAGCCACAACGCCUGUGUCAACUAUGCAAACCGGAAUGCAACCAAGCCGUCUCCGACCUCCAAGUUCAUACAGGGCUAUCUGGGGGCCGUGGUCAGUGCUGUCUCCAUCGCGGUGGGCCUUAACGUUCUCAUCCAGAGAGCCAACCAGUUCACGCCGGCCACCCGGCUCCUGAUCCAGAGAUUUGUGCCAUUCCCUGCCGUAGCGAGUGCCAACAUUUGCAACGUGGUCCUGAUGAGGCACACGGAACUGGAGGAAGGGAUCGAUGUCCUGGACGAGGAAGGGAAUGUGGUUGGAUCGUCCCGGAUCGCAGCCAGACACGCCCUGCUGGAGACGGCGCUCACCAGAGUGGUCCUGCCCAUGCCUAUCCUGGUUCUGCCUCCCAUCAUCAUGUCUCUCCUGGAGAAGACGGCUUUUCUGCGCUCCCGACCUCGGAUGCUUCUCCCGGUCCAAAGCCUGGUGUGCCUUGCUGCCUUUGGCCUCGCCCUGCCCUUGGCCAUCAGCCUCUUCCCCCAGAUGUCACAGAUCGAGGCCGCCCGCUUGGAGCCGGAAAUCGCCCAGGCCACCGCCAGCCUGACCGUCACCUACAACAAAGGGCUGUAAGCGGAAGCCAGCCCAGCCCUGGGCACCCAAGACGGCGCAGCAGCGGCACGGAGUGGCGUGAA